GUCACAAAUGCUAAGGAGAGAAGGGCAUCCCCAAACCGACGACUACGUCACCGACUCAUCGUUUGUGUGCAAACUGCAAUGAUGAGUCAUCAUUGUUGUGUUCUCGUUGGAUAAUCUUUUUCAAUCCAAGGCGCCUUAUUUUGAUUCCGUUGCUGUCAUUAGUGAACUGUCACAAGAAACUUCGCAGCAUUUUGAUAGUUACGCGGAACUGCAAACUUUGUUUGAAGUUCUAGAUCACAUUGAUAAUACGCGUUGUUUGUCGUACAAAUUACGUAAAUCGCAUCUAGUGUUCAAGCUUGGACAUAAGUGAAUCUGAACUGAUGACGAUGAAGCUAGAAAUCAGUGAUAGUCAAUCAAACCAGUCGGACAUUUCCUGCGAUGAUAGCCAAUCCUCGCAGGAUUCUUCUACAAAUGAUUUCGUUUCUUCUGUACGUGUGCCGACCUCCCGAUCCUUACUUACGUUGGCAAACCUAGAGGGCCUCCAAUCGGGGGUCCCGACCCGCACCACGGCGACCAUCACGCCCACCCAGCUGCGCAACUUCGAGCAGACCUACAUCGAGCUGACCAACUGCCGCAGCGAGCCCACCACGCACGCCGGCUUCGUACCACCUUCCGUCACGCACGCCAACAACUACGGUAUGUAUAGCAUCCUGAAUUCGGUGGGGUACUGCGACUCGGGCCCGACGACGGCGCUGCACGUGUCGCCGGGCCCGCUCUCCGCCAGCGGCGACAGCAGCAGUAGCCCCGGCCUGCCCACUCCGAAACGACGGAACAUGGGCGGCCGGAGACCUACCAAGGCCCCCACUGACCUCUCCCCCGAAGAAGAAGAACGCAGGAAGGUUAGAAGGGAAAGGAACAAAAUGGCCGCCGCUCGCUGCCGCAAACGCAGACUCGAUCACACAAACGAACUGCAGGAGGAAACCGAAAAACUGGAAGAGAAGAAACAGUCGCUUCAAGAGGAGAUUCGCAAAUUGAACCAUGAUCGGGAGCAGUUAGAGGCGAUCCUGCAGAGCCACAUGAUAUCGUGUCCGCUGGGCAAGCGGUCCGCGAGCCCGCCCGACGUGAAGCCCUUCCAGGAGUACGCCGCCUACCCGGACAUCCCCGAGGACGGCGUCAGAGUCAAAGUCGAAGUCGUCGAACCUGUAGUGGACCCCGUCAUGGUGUUGGAUAACAUAUUUACUUCGCCGGCUAACGACAAGAAAAUAAUGUUGUCGGCGGCUAACCCCGCGGUGGUGACGAGCGCGGCGCAGGCGUCGCUGGAGACGCCGCCCGUGCUGUCCCGUCCCAACAGACCCAACUCCUUACAGUUACACAACAGCAAAGCUCUGGGCAACAACAAAAUAGCGGGCAUCGAGAUCAGCACGCCGAGCAACGGCAUCCCGUUCAACUUCGAGAGCCUGAUGGAGGGCGGCACGGGCCUCACGCCCGUGCACCCGCACCCGCACCCCUGCGCGCAGCAGCAGCGCGCCGCGCCCGACGCCGCCUCGCCCGACUCGCACAACAGCCUCGUCAGCCUCUGACCGCUGUCGCCCGCCUACUCACCUCUUCACUCGACUUCACCUAUUUAUACGUUUCCCGCCUGAGCGUCGGAACAGAACCUACUCUUUCUCGUCUUCUACUCUGUACUCCCUUCGGUCUACUGUGAGGCGAUCGAAACUUUCUUCUUCUCUUUAUUUAUUGAGAGCUAUAUUUUAGGUAACAUACUUGCUCACUUGUGCUUUGUAUUUAUAUCGUUAAAAUUAGUGCGGCGCGGCUCGCCGCCCUACUGAAGUCAAUUUACGAGCUGUUUUAUAACAUUCUAAAGAAAAAAAUAUUUUUAUAACUAGAUGUGUAUUUCUGCAGAAAUAAUAUUUGUGAUCGAAAAAAAUAAAACAGAGUUUUAUUUGAAGCAUUUCAGGGAUUUAUUUUCGUGUUGUGCUUAAUGUCUAGCGAGGCUAGAAUAGACGGUGCGUUUUAUAUUGUAAGGUAUAUGUAAAAGAUCUCUUUUACACUGUUCACUUUGGAAUAUUUCGGCACAAAAUGUAUUUAUUGAACGAUCCUCAAAGUAUCUUGUCAUAAUAAACCUCGUGCCAUUUACUACGUCUACUCUCAGGAAUACAAUAAUUACGAGUACGAAAUAUUUAGUUAACCAUAAACUAACAGCAAUAUUACUUAAAGAAUAAUUAAUAUAUUGAUUGUAAGUUAGCUCAAUGUUGAUGUAACGUCUUACCGUUCCAUUGGAUUAGGUACUGGUAGUGUAAAAUUAUUGUUAAGCCUUUUGUGAUACGUCCAGUGAUUGUGAACCGUACACUAUAUGUAUUGUAACUCAUGCCAUCACAUAUUGUAUAUCGUUGAACGUACAACAUGCUGCACAGACUGCAUUUUUAUACUCACAUUAUCUAAUGUUAACUACAUGAAAUUAACUAUUUUCUCAUUACAGUUAAUACAAUUGUUACAGUAAAUAAAAUAUUUAAGUCAAUUAUUAUAAUAUUGUAAUACAUAAUGCUAUGAUACUACGGAUCCGUGGCAUGAGUUUCCUAGGUUUAUCUAAUCGGUAGAUACCACUGGAAUAAAAAUAAAUUAGUUUAAGGCAAUAAUUAGUGUAAGGGCACUUAACGAUUUAAUUAUAUAUUUGUAUGCAUAACUUAGACCAAAUUAUUACUUCAUGUGCUUUAUCGUAGUUGUAAUUAAAAUCUAAGCCAAAUAUUGAGUUUAUGUCGUUACUUUAGGUUUAGUUAUUCCCGUUAAAGUAUUAUUGUCUACGCGCCGAGAGCGGAGAGUAUUUAUUUAGUAAUCUACGACUUAUUCUAUGAACCAGCAUGAAUUGUAUCUAGUGCAAUAGUGCAGAAUUGCCUAUGGUUUAUAAGCGACAAUUUUUGCUAUGAAGUUAUUACUCAAUCGAAAUAUUAUUACGCAUAAUAUGAACAUCUAGGAUUAAUAAGAGAUGUAAUUUUUUCUAGAAGAUUUUCUUAUCGCAAUUGUAGAAUACUUUUGUAUUUUUUCAUGAAAAUUAGCAAAGCAAUAUAUUUGAUAAAAUUUAUUGGAAUAAAUGAAGCAGAUGUAGUAAAAUAUAUAUGUAAAUCUGAAAAUAUAAAUUUGUUUACAUACACUUGAA